AUGGAUCUGUGGCGAGGAUACGGCUACUACCCACCCUCUCUAGCCACCUCGCCGGCAGGCUCACUUCCUCAUUCUGGCGUGCCCGCACCUCAUCUCGGACCAUCACCGUUUGCUCAUCAACUGGGAGCAUUCCCUAUUGACAAUGGCCACACUGGAGUCAACCAACUUGGUGGCGUAUUCGUGAACGGUCGACCUCUACCGGAUCACGUCCGUGGUCGGAUUGUUGAAAUGGCUCAUCAGGGUGUGCGUCCAUGCGACAUUUCUAGGCAACUGAGGGUUAGCCACGGAUGUGUUUCGAAAAUUCUGGGACGAUUUUAUGAGACUGGUUCAGUGAAACCCGGAGUGAUAGGCGGUUCAAAACCGAAAGUGGCUACUCCGAGGGUCGUCGGCUGCAUCGCCGCCUACAAACGAGCGAACCCGACCAUGUUCGCGUGGGAAAUUCGCGAGAAAUUACUGCAGGUGAUGAAAACGCUAACUGCCUACUCGAUAAAUGAUAUCUUGGGAUUUGAACAAAAACAUAAGGAGUGGCUUCGUGCAAAGGACGACUACCCAAUGGAUUGGAUGCGACAGUCGAUUCCAACAACGGCAUACACGGGCGUAGUAUCAGACACAGCUGCAUCCGUUGAAAAACCACAACAACCGCCCAAUUUUUCACUGUCCUAG